UUGCCGCCAAGUGGAUCGCCACGGGAAACGCCGAAGCAUGCAUCCGCGACGAUCCGGCGGCGGGCCGCGAACGGCCACCUCCCCUCCCGAGGGCUCACUCCAAGUGACCAGGAGUGUCCCCCCGCCUGGCGGGCUUGCUUAAUCACGAGAGGGUUAACCCCUUACCCCUCCCACCCAAGCCCACGCGGCCAGUCUCCAACCACCCACCGACGAGCGCAAGCGCCCGACGGCAGACAGAGAGGAAACCGACCGACCACAAGCGAACUCAGGCCUCCGGAGAGACCCGAGUAUCCCCUCCCCCCCAAGACAGCCACGGACGGCUUCCUGCCAGAUCCGUGA